AAAAAAGUUUCAAAGGAUCGCAGCGUCGUCCCCAUCUCUCUCUCUCCCUUUCAUUUUCCCCUUCUGUUUCGGAUCUUUCUUACUUUCGUACACACCAAGGAAACAAACAAAAAUAGAAACUCUUCUUCUCUUUCACCUAAUUCAACAUUCUGAUCUCUGGUGCGUUAGGGUUUGUUUCUUUCUCUCUUCUUCGGGACAAAAAAUGGGACAACAGAAUCUGAUCUACAGCUUCGUAGCUCGCGGCACGGUGAUUCUGGUCGAGUAUACUGAGUUUAAAGGGAACUUCACUUCGGUCGCUGCACAGUGCCUCCAGAAGCUUCCUUCUUCCAACAACAAGUUUACCUACAAUUGCGACGGGCACACCUUCAAUUACCUCGUCGAAAAUGGCUUCACGUAUUGUGUUGUUGCUGUUGAAUCUGCUGGGAGGCAGAUUACAAUGGCUUUCCUGGAGCGUGUCAAAGAAGAUUUCAACAAGAGAUAUGGUGGCGGAAAAGCUACCACUGCUAAGCCCAACAGCUUGAACAAAGAGUUUGGGUCUAAACUGAAGGGGCACAUGCAGUACUGUGUGGAUCAUCCUGAGGAGAUUAACAAACUUUCCAAGGUUAAGGCUCAAGUGACUGAGGUGAAAGGAGUUAUGAUGGAGAACAUUGAGAAGGUCCUUGACCGUGGUGAGAAAAUUGAGCUUCUAGUGGACAAAACUGAGAACCUUCGUUCACAGGCACAAGACUUCAGAACGCAAGGAACAAAAAUAAGAAGAAAGAUGUGGUGGGAGAACAUGAAGAUUAAGCUCAUAGUCCUUGGUAUCAUCAUUGCCUUGAUUCUCGUCAUUAUUCUCUCGGUUUGUCAUGGGUUCAAGUGUACCUAAAACUUGAAACAAGAAGAAGAUUUACGUUGAGAGAUGAUUAUCAGCACCAUAUUGUUUUACUAAGCUCAUAGAAACUCCUGCCGGUGUUCUUUUUCUUUCUAUUUUCGCUGUUUCUCUUUAUAUAUAGGGGAAAGGAAUGUGAUGACUGAUUACUGAGAAAUUAUCCUUUAGGGUAUGAAUGUCUGGAAAUAGUGUAAACUGUUGGGGUUUGCUUAUUUAUAGAUUAGAUCAUUGUGUGGUCACCGUGAUGACAUGUUUUUUUUUUUUGUAAUCUAAAAGUUUAAUGUUGGAUU